AUGCCCAUGGAUUACGAAGGAUAUCCGAUUCUCAAUAAAGACGUGGUGGCGCCCCUUGGGUACUUCAAAAGGCAGUUACGCCAGUCGGUACCUUUGAAGUUUCACUCGGAAGUCGAGGAUCUUGCUGAAGCUGAAAAUGCACCGAACAAGGACUCCAAAAAGAUCGCGAAGAACGCGUCCGGCAAAUCAGACGAGGGUGGCUACUACAAGACGUACGGUAGCGAUGCAGAGGGCGAGAAGGGUUACUUGAAGGAAACCUAUAGUAAGGGUGACCACGGAUACAAGACGUUUGACACAUUCCACAAGCAGGAUGGCGACAAGUACGGAUUCGAGAAACACUUUGCUUACGGUAAAGCUCGUAGUGCCAAAGAUUCUGACAAGCAUGCCGAGCAAAGUUCGAAUAUUGGAAAACAUGAAGAUCACGAAGGUGCAGGUACGAUCGUAGACAGUCACUACGUGGAUAACAAAGGAGAUCACAGUGGUGAACAGUAUUCCGGUGAUUAUAGCAGCCACUACACGGCCGCAGAACCAAGCUCUGAAAGUUACAGCGAUACUGGCGAUGGUCACAAUAGGAAUUAUUCUACCGGUAGUGGUAGCGAGGGUUCUUACGAGAACCACAGCUCUUAUUCUUCAAGUAGUGAUUCUGCCGGCGAUUAUGGAGACCAUUAUUAA